GGAUGAGGUGUCACUUUGUAGGCCCAACCCCCUCUAACCUGCAAUUUACAAUAGCCGCCCUGGUAUGCGAGAAGGAGGUAGAAUAGGAAUGCCUGUUCUCAGUGAGCCCUCACCCUCUGGAAUCCAUACUGUGAGCUGGCUUUGUUUUGCAGAAGUCUUGAGGAAGUGGCUGGCCACCCUUUGUGACACUAACAGCAGACAAAUUAACAACAUUCUUGAGCUAAUGAAUUUCUUCCUGGGCUAGAGAGGUUAUGAUAACUGGUUGUGAUUAUUUACCUCACUUAGAUAGCUUUAGAAUAAACAUUGUAGUCUGUCACGUUGUAGCUUGCCACAAAGAAUGCCUUUUCACUACUUAAUUAUCUGGGCUCUGUGAAUUGAUCGGGUUUACUAUAUAUGAAUCCUAAAAUAAAGAUUGUGCGUGCAGUGCAGUGCAGUGUAACGCGGUGCAGACAGCAAAGGUGUCUCUCCUGUCUUUCUUUUCCAAGCGCUGUACCCCCCGUGUCCCGACAAGGCGUGCGUGUGUGUUUACCUUGCCCGGAGUUUAGAGUGCCCUAGACACUCACGACAAGUGGCGCCCGAAUUCAGGGACUCCGAAGGUCGCUUAGGAAGAAAAUGGAAUUCAGCAGUGGGUCCCUGGACGAUGGAUCAGGAUCCGCGCCUCCAGACCCUGUUCGCCAGCCCCGGAGACAACUCCCCAAGGAACCGGAACCGUGCCUUCAGAAGCGAGCGCGAAACCAGCUAGAGGCUGAGGAUGCUGAGCUUGUUCCUAUCGCAGCCAUGGCCAGAUUAAAGCUAAGAAAAUCCCGCCGCUCACAGCGACCAAAUUUAAAUCCCCUCCCUACAUGGGGACAAUUAAAGAAAUUGACCAUAGAAGGGCAACGGCUUGUCCUUCAAGCAGGAAAGCCUUUAAACCCUGAAAACUUGUUUUUAGCUUUAUGUGCCUUGCUCACUGUUGCGUCGGGGACUGAGGUACCUCCACAUUCGUACUGGGCAUAUAUUCCAAACCCCCCUUUAUUAGAACCUGUAAAAUGGGGAACUAGUGAUAUUUUACUUUAUACCACACCUAGAGAAAUUUUGUCAGCACCGUGGGCUGAUUUAACCCCCCACAAUCAAGAUGAUGGGACAUUAUUCAAUUUUACUUAUUAUGGUAAUCAAAGGCCUAUUUGCAUUGGGGAACCGCCUUGCAUCCCUCUGGGAUGGCAGUAUUGGAUUCAACAUGGAAUAAAAGCAGGCAACAAAAGAACAAGGCUUCAAGCCUUGGCUGCUCAAACCUUUAAUGUUACCUGGAGAAAUUUAACAGCACCUGAUACAAAUACAUUUCCUGUAUGCCCUGAAUUCACUUAUAAAAAUAUUUCUUAUAAUCCCAUAAUUUGGCAACUAUGUAUGGGAAAAUUUGCUAAAAAUAUUGAUGGGUAUAUUAUUUGGGGACCAUUUGGAAAAUUCAUUAAUGGAUGUGCUGAAUGGAAUGAGACAAGAUGUAAUCUCUCUGUUGUGUAUAGUCUUCCAGAUCCAAAGAAAAUAACUGACGGAGCUCCUAUAUUUCAUCAGAAGACGGCUCUUUUGUGGUGGGGAGAUGGUGGAAUCGCUAACCCUGCUGUUGCAGCCGAAGAAUACCCUCAUCACCUUCAAAAUCAUAUUUGGAAGAUUCCAGCCGCUAUGCAACCUGUAACCUUGUACAAUGUUUCCUAUUCAGGGACUAGUCGAUCUGUAUCUACUACUUAUAAUUUUACUAGGUUUAAAAUAUAUAAUAUUACUGUUUGUGCACCUCUGCCUUAUGUCUUUUUAGUGGGAACUUUUAAUUUUACACAUUUUUCUUGUACUUGUUUAAAUUGUCAAUUGUUUACAUGAUUAAAUAGCACACUAAAUUUCACUAAGCCUUAUACAGUUAUGCUGUUACAACAAAAAACUCAUAUUUGGUUGCCUGUAAAUUUAACUCGACCAUGGUCUCAAGACCCGGUAAUUUCUGUUACUACUGAAUUUUUUAAACAUCUGUUAAAACGUACAAAAAGAUUUAUUGGAAUAGUGGUUGCUGUACUGUUAAGUCUGAUAACUGUAGCCUCCCUAGCAGCAGUCUCAGGAAUAGCUUUACAAACCUCUUUGCAAGAAAAACAUGUUGUAGAAUUAUGGCAUGAAAAUUCUCAUGAACUUUGGUUAACUCAGUGGCAAAUAAACGCCAGACUACAACAACAAAUAGACCUCCUUAAACAAACAGUUGAAUGGAUGGGUAGAAAAAUAUUGGCUCUUCAGCAUCAAGUGUUUUUAAAAUGUGAUUGGAAUUCAACUACUUUCUGUAUAACCCAACGACCUUAUAAUCAAACAGAACAUGAAUGGGAAAUGAUUAGAAUGUAUCUAAA